ACAACCCCCAAUUUCCUCAACUAAACAUUUCUCUCUUCAAUCUCAUUUCAAUUCCUCAUUUCAUCCGGCUUGUAACUAAACCGUAGCCACCAAUUGCACGAUUACACACCAAAAUCGCACAAAUGGGACUCACAAGUGACGCGCAAUCGCACCACAAAACCCACAAAUUCUUCCUAAUUUGCAACUAUGUUUUAAUCGGAGCCGCCUCGAGUUGCAUCUUCCUCACGCUCUCCCUCCGCCUCGUCCCCUCAGGCGCAGGCGCACUCCUCGUCCUCCUCCACAUCGCCACAAUCGCUGGAGCCAUAUCCGGAUGCAACGCAGUGUCCGCGGGCUCAAACAAGUGGUACGCGGCCCACAUGGUGGCUACGGUCCUGACCGCGAUAUUCCAGGGGUCUAUAUCGGUUUUGAUUUUCACUACCACUUCGAAUUUCUUGACCGCGUUGAACUCGUAUGUUAAGGAAGAUGAUGCAGCGGUGAUAUUGAAAAUGGCUGGUGGUUUGUGUGUUUUGAUGUUUGUUUUGGAGUGGUUGGUUUUGACGCUUGCGUUUUUCUUGAGGUAUUAUUCGUUUGUUGAAGGCGGUCGGACCGGUGGGAUGGAAUGUGGCCGGGCCGGUGGGAAGGUGAUGGAGGAGGACUUGAAGGCUAUGCCUUUUCAUGUUUAGAGGAUGAGAGGGAAAAGGAUGAGUUAAAUUCUUUAUUUUUUAUUCUUUAAGUAAUUAUUAUGUGUGUUCUGUUUAUUUUUUUAGUUGAACUUGUUAUUCAUUUUCUUAUGAAAAUGGUGAUGUAUUGCUUCCAAUUUAAUAUUAAUUAAUUACACACGUAUGAAACA